AGCAAAAUUACAUCGUAGAAUCUAAAUUUAUGUAUAAUAUUAUGUGUACAUAGUUCCAUAGAAAGCUAAGAUUUUCCUUGAGUAAAAUAAAAUAUUUAAAAAAUCAAUAACAUGAAUAGAGGACUUUAUUCUGACGUCGAAGACGAACAUAAUUUUGGAAAUGAAUAUACACCAGAAGACGAAUAUGGCGACGAAACCGAUUUUGCACACGAUGCACUAUCUGUAAUAGGGGCAUAUAAAGGCCAACGUAAUAGCAACGAUGAGCGACACGGAUUCGGUAAAGCUAUCUUACCAAAUGGCGAUGCCUACGUAGGAACAUAUAAAAAUGGUCACAGGCACGGACGUGGACAGUACAGGUUUAAGAACGGCGCGAUUUACCAGGGUUGUUACAGGGAAGGUCUAAGGCAUGGAAAAGGAGUGAUGCGUUAUCCGGACAAGAGCAAAUAUGAAGGCUUUUGGAUAGAUAAUAAAAAAGACGGCACGGGCGUUUUCAAAUUUAAAAAUAAUGAUAAGUUUUCGGGAUCGUGGAAAUCUGAUAUGAAACACGGAUUGGGAACAUAUACGUUUUGUAAGACCGGUGCCAUUUUGAAAGGAAUGUGGCUGGACGACAAAAAAGUCAACAACUUUCAAGUUUUCUAUCCUAUUAGUGACGGUACCGGAUUCACGUUUCAUGGCACGUGGGAUGACAAUGAGAUGGUUUCUGGAAAAGGAUAUUUUGUGUUUGAAUAUUUGAAGUGCAUGCAAAGUGGUACUUACGUCGAAAAUCCAUUUUACGAAAACGCUAAAUCUGAUGAACUAAAAAACAAAUCAUGCAAAUCAUUGUGGUUGUCAAAUGAAAUACUACCGAUCAUCAGUGGUAUGCUGCCGAGUCUGCCAAAAUCACGACCUGUAGCCAGAGUGACAUCUUCGUGCGACACGAGUUUCCUGCUUGACGAAAAAGUAUCUGUGGUGGACGUCCCGUCGCCAACGAUGAGUCGUGUAGAAAUGUACGAGCACAAAGACGACUUAUGGGCUGAAAUGGAAGAUCUGGAAACCGAGUCAAAAUAUAAUCUACAAGAAGCCGAUGCAAAGUCGUCGAAUUAUCGCGAACAAGACGAAUGAAAUCAUAACGAUAAUAAUUAAAUCACCUAUAAUACCUAGUAAUACGUUCUAAAUGCAUGUAUAAUUGAUAUCCGAGAUCUAUCAAUAUAAUUUAAUAUAUUUAUAUUGUUGAAAAUAUAAAAAUUACUUUCUUAAAACAUGA